AAAAAACCACAACACCAUUUUGACAGAGGGUGACAGGCCUUCACAGCUCAGCAAAUAUGAACAACCUCGAAUCCCAUGAUGUGUACACGAAGAAAUAUCCACACUACAAGACAUAUGCUCAGUGCCAGUCCAGAGCUUUCGCCACUUCAACAUUCGCCAUGCUGGCAGGAACUGCAGGAGGUUAUAUAUCACAGGAACUGCUGAAGAAUUACCUGUGGUACAGUCGCAAAUCUUUCUUGUUACCGUCCAUCUUGAUCGGAUCCUGUACUGGUUACAUUGCUAUUCGUCAUCAGACAAAGAUCUGUCAGGAAAUGUGGAUGGCAUUAGAGGACAAACACACCAGCUUACAGACAGCUGAAGAACGGAUCAUGGGAAAUAAAACCUCUGACAAGACCUGAAUCAUCAGCAUUUGCCAGUUUAACAGAGCACCUGCAAGACUGCUUGAUCCAACAUUACCAUUGUCUUUCAUGAGCAUGUAGUUGAUAUGUCUUCCACAAGAUGGCAUUGAAGAUGCCGAGUAUUCAUGUGUCUUGAAAUGGAUAACGCUGGGCCGUAUGUGACUGUCCACAAAAGUUUAAUGAAAACACCUGACUGUUGAAACGUGAGGAAAAUAUAUGUAUUAAAUAUACAUGUAAAGGUAUCAUGUACUUAUUUGGGGAACAAAGAAAUUGUUUUCCCAGCCAGUGCUGAUUUAGUCAUAUGCAAGUUGGGGUCAAGUCCACAAAAAUUAAUCCAGCUUUGAUUUUGAUAAAAAAUUUAAAUGUGAUUAAAUGUGUUUCAUAGGGCCCUGUGGAAUAAAAUCUAGCAAGUCUAUAAUAGUUCAAACUUCUAACAUCAUAAAGUGAACAUUAAUUAAUUAAAGUAUUAAAACUCUUGUUUGUUUCAGUUUGCAUCAUACAUGUACAUGUACUAUUGAUUAUAUGUUAAAUGCCCGAGUCAUUAUGACCAGACCACCAUAUCAUGUGACCAGCUCUAUACACCGUAUAUGUUGCAGUAAAUGAGCUAAUAUUUCCCCCAGCACAAAUUAUCAUAGAUUGCCUGACUCUUGAGAGUUCUAACUCUGAAUGGCGUUUUGAGCUUUGUAGGGAAAAUAUGAUGAUAUGCUACUGGAAAAGUGCAAAUUUGAACACCCAAAGUGAUGGUUUACAGCAUUUAUUUGUCUCUAGUUAAAAAGCAUGUUUUGGAGAUAAUUUUUAGGUCAGUUAGUGUAAACAGGGUUCUAUUCUUGUUGACGUUUGCAGCAGCUGAACAUAUUGUAAGUGGUAUUGUUGAGCCAGUUAUCAUGAACAUCAUGCUUUGGAAAGAUACAUGUUCCCCUGGAGAUUAACUGUUGAAUGUUUUAUCCCUGACCUAUCAAAUUUCUAAUGUGAACUUUAACUUGCAGUGUCAGUUGACAUAUUAAAACUGAUUGACAAACGUUUUUGUGAAAAUUUUGUGCAGUAUUUUGAAUGAA